UUAAAGUUUAAUCGUCAAUUUGAACCGAGUGGGGCACUAUGAAGUUUCUGGCUCUUAUCGUAUAUGCCUUCGUAAUGCUGAGUCUGGUUUCCAAACUGGAGGCUCGCCAGCGUUUCUACUGCCUGUGGAGCACCAAAAGGACCUGUUCAAGGACCAGUCCCAAAUGCCUUCGACUCCAGUCGGGAGUUGAUGCACAGAAUAAUGCGAUAUACACAUGCAAAUACUAUCGCGACGAUUGCAAGUACCUUCUGGAUAAUUGCAAGGGCAGUACAGCUUAUGGCCAACUUGGCACAUCGGUGAAUGUGGUUACUUAUUGCAUUGGAAAUAAUAUCGCCAUUGGAGGAACAGGAGACUGCACAUAAGCUAGUUGUAUUUAUUGUCAUUUUAUAUAUGAGUUAUUAAUUAAAAGAUGUUUUAUUUUCUA